AUGUCCCAGGAAUCUGAACUCGAUCCCACUCCUCAUUGGAUCUGCUCUUUAGAGGAUGAAUUAGGCUCAUUAAUCUGGGUAACACUAAGAGAUGACACUUUUUACGUCGGUUUAUUUAAAAGCUUUGACCAGUUCGGAAAUAUAGUCAUUACAGAUGCUGUUAAAAAAAUUGUAUUAAACGAUAAAAAGUCAUUUUCAGAUAUAUACUGUGGUUACACGGUUAUUAGAGGGGAGAGUAUAUCAUAUUUUUGUGCACUUGAUGUUAUUUUGUAUCUUAACCUGUUUAAUUAUGAAAAAUUAGUUGACAAAUCGUUGGUUAAAAAAUUGUACAGUAUCGCUAAAGUAAGAGGAGUUCAUAGUUCAAUGAAGUUUGAUGUAGUUUUAAAUUAUAUACCAAUUGAGGAAGCUUUGAAGUUAGAGAAGAUGGAAAACGAUGCUAAAGGUUACACUAAAUUGUCAAUAGAUGACAUUGUGGCCAAUGAAUAA